UGCGCAUCCCAACCCAGAUGCAUGUGGUCCGCAGUGGGGUGUCUGAACCACGGAAGAUCGACGCGCCUACUGCACAACCAGCGGGUCGACGCGGGUGUAGUACAAGCCUGCGCGCCGCGGAUAAAUGUCGCCUGCUCCCCACGAACAUCUUCACUGCCGCGGAAGGACCACCACCGACGCCAUUGUUGCCAUCUCGUUAGACGUGGAGGAUCUCCGCUGGAUUCCUCGUCCUUCUGUCGCACACGUGGACGUCUGCCGCCAAUCAUUCCGCCGCGGAACAUUCUCGCCGUCAAUCUUUUUGCCGCGGAGCGCUGUCGCCGGGGUCGUCUUCCUUCUGCCGCACAAGUGUGCGUCUUCGUCUUCUUCCCGCGGAGGAGAGAUCUUCUGCAUCGUUGGGGUAUUCGUCGUCGUCACUCCAAACCAGAAUGGAAUAUAUUUUUCUCGCGGGAUCGACGAAAGUUCAUACGACGGUCGACGAAGCACGAAAAGGUCAUCCGAUCGGACCGCCAAGCUCGCCUGCAGACGCGCUCUUCGGAUCAUGUCCACGCGAGGGAGCACCCUUGGUAAGAAGCGCGACGGUGUCCCUGACGACAGCCAAGGGCAGGGAAGAGGUCGGCGACAUGUCCCGAAAGUGAAGAGGGCGCGUUUGGAUGAUGCGUCACCAAGCUUGCCUCCUCGUUCAGCGCAAGGUUGGGUGGCAACAUCGGAAGGCGACUACGACGACGACUUCACGACGGAGGAAGAGCACACAGAGGCGACCUCGUCUGGAGUACGGGAGGGCGCACGACAGUGCUCUUCGGAGCAGAGUGCUUCGAAGAGGUUGAUGACCCCUCCACCCGAGGUGCAUCAACCACGUGCCCGCGAUACCCGGACAGAGAAGGCUGCCGUCGUCGAUGUGGACGGCGACGAUGACGAGACCUUGCACAAACGACGCCUGCGCACUCCAACACAAGGCACCCCAGCGCUGGCGGCGACGGCGCGUGCUGCGGUAGACGAAAGGCGAAACACGGGUGGACUGCCCGCCACGCCGUCCCAACCACGUCAGCGCAAUCCGGGUGAUGACGGAGGGUCCGUCCAGUGUGGCGGCGGGGGGGAAGUCGUGGCAGAAGCUCGCGCAAUUGGCGGCGAGGCGGGAGGUGUUGCGGGUGCGGGUGCUUUGGUCACUGUGGCCCCCGUUGCGGCGGCGAGAGAGGAGGCGCCAGUUGUUGCGACGGCGAGAGAAGAGGCGCGUGGCGAAAGCAAAACUGAUCGGGACGGCGGCGAUCCCGGUUCAAGCCGGGUACGUAGGGGAGUGAUGACGAAAGACCUCGUCGAUCGUGCCGUGCUUUGGGUUGAUGACAAAGCUUUCUGGACGACAGGGGAGGGGCGAAGACUAUACAACAUCGUCCACGGAACGAGAGAGUACUUUAUUGCCAUCGCCAGCGGCCUUCCAGCGCCUGUCGUCCCUUGGAGCGUCGUCCUUCCCAAAUCGAGCACGAAGUUAGCCAGGAUCACCGACCCAUCACAGCUGCCGCAAGCGAUCUCCCGUGCGGCUGCAGUGGAGAACAUUGCUUUGCGCAUCUUGCACGACUGGAUUUUCAAGUCCGGGAACCGCCCAAGAGGAUACAUUGUGGCUUUCCAGUACUCGCUCCAGUCCGUGGCGACGGACAUUGCGCGUGCAAUGUGGUGCGGCGAUGAGCGGUGCAACGUCGUCAGUGCGGCGGUAUGUGCGCACACGAUAGAUCUAUCUAUGCCACUCUCCAUGGACUUGCCACUAUGGUUCGCCGGCGCCAACAUCGAGGACAGACCUGAGGACGACGACAUGGCGGCGUACCAGGAGUCUACCGCCAUCUGCGUGUCGCAUGCAUUCCGCGCGGCAGUGCAAAUGGGUGCGCACAUCGAUGGCGACUUCAUCUCGUACGAUCGUCUCUAUCGGGUGGCUGACUGCUUCAGGCUUUUGUUGGCGACGUGCAUGUGGAUAAUGCGCAUGGCAGGAGACGUUCCGCGCAGCCACUACGAAACUUUUUAUCAGCGCAGUUCGCUGCGCAAGAACUUUAGAGCGCUUUUAACGCAUUAUUUUUGUCUUGUGUCCGCUGUUCUCGUCUCGUUGUUGGAAUGAUUCAUAGAUAAUCUCCUCAUAUGCAUGCACACAAUCC